GGAAAAAAUACUUCUUUAUUUAAGAUGGAGCCCUCUUCUCGCCUCCUCGACCCCGAGCGACCCCAUCCAUCUUCGCCUUUCCCCUUCCUGAUUGGAUUUCCAACCUGCCUGCCAUCCAUCCGCUGCCUCCUCCCUCAACCAGCCUGAUCCAUCAAUCAGCAAGGAAGGGAAGGAAGAGCUGGAAAGGGGGCAUGGCUCCGGCGGCGGCGGCGUCCGCGUCCGCGUCGGCGUACUCUCGCUACAUCCUCCUCCUCUCCACUUCCGACCAUCAGUUCCUGCUCCUGCCGGUGCUCAUGUCGGUGGUGGCCGUCCUCGUCCUCCAGCUCCUCCGCCGCUCCUCAUGGAUGAGGAAGAAGAUGAAUAAUAGCGGCGGCGGAGAAGGCAAGGGGCUUCCACCGCCGGGGAGCGUGGGGCUGCCGCUGGUUGGGGAGACGCUGAGGCUGAUCGCGGCCUACAAGACGGAGGACCCGGAGCCCUUCAUCGACGAGCGGGUGCGGCGGCACGGGCGGCUCUUCACGACGCACGUGUUCGGGGAGCGCACCGUGUUCUCGGCGGACCCGGAGUUCAACCGCGUGGUGCUGGGCGGCGAGGGCCGGUCGGUGGAGUGCAGCUACCCCUCCUCCAUCUCGACGCUGCUGGGCCGCCACUCGUUGCUUCUCAUGAGGGGGGCCCUCCACAAGCGUAUGCACUCCCUCACCCUCACCCGCCUCGCCUCCCCCGCCGCCAUCCGCGAUUCCCCACUCCUCUUCCACAUCGACCGCCUCGUCCAGACCACGCUGGACUCCUGGGCCCCUCAGUCCCGGGUUCUUCUCCUCGACCAGGCCAAGAAGAUCACCUUCGAGCUCACGGUCAAGCAGCUCGUGAGCUACGACCCGGGGGAAUGGACGGAGGCCCUGCGACGCGAGUACCUCCUCCUCAUCGAGGGUUUCUUCUCCAUCCCCUUCCCUUCCUUCCUCUCCUUCACCACCUAUGGCCGGGCCAUCAAGGCGCGGAGGAAGGUGGCGGAGGCGCUGAGGGAGGUGAUAAGAAAGAGGAAAGAGGAGAAGAUGAGGCAGAACGACGACCACGACGACAAGGAGGGACAGGGGAGGAGAAAGAAGGACAUGGUUGCGGAGCUCUUGGAAGCGGAGGAGGGAUUCUCGGAGGAGGAGAUGGUGGACUUCCUGCUGGCUCUGCUGGUGGCCGGCUACGAGACCACCCCGACCAUCAUGACCCUUGCCGUCAAGUUCGUCACCGACAACCCUCCUGCCCUCUCCUUCCUCGCGGAAGAGCACGAGAAGAUCAGAGCUAGGAAGAAGGACGAGAUGGAGCCCCUGGACUGGAGCGAUUACAAGUCCAUGCCCUUCACCCAAUGCGUGAUCAACGAGACGCUUCGGGUGGCCAACAUCGUCGGCGGAAUUUUUAGAAGAGCGGUGACGGAUCUUCAUUUCAAAGGGUACACGAUUCCAAAGGGAAGCAAGGUUUUUGCAUCGUUCCGAGCCGUGCAUCUCGAUCCCGAGUACUACGAGGAGGCCCGCACCUUCAAUCCUUGGAGAUGGCAGACUAAUGAUGCUGUCCAGCAAGCGAGUGGGGCAGGCCUAUUUACCCCCUUUGGAGGGGGCGCCCGCCUGUGCCCCGGCUACGAGCUUGCCCGGGUUGUUAUUUCUGUGUUCCUCCACCACCUCGUCACCCGUUUCAGUUGGGAAGCAGCGGAGGACAAGCUGGUAUUCUUCCCCACUACCCGAACUCUCAAGGGCUACCCGAUAAACGUGUGUCGACGCAGGAAGUCUCUGUCAUGAUGAGUUGUUCCUCUCUCCUUUUACUCCCGGUUCCUCAAUGUCACUUAUCUCCAGUCCAAUAUGUAUGACCUCUGAAAUAAGAGAGAUAAGAAAAGAAAAGCAAUGACAGUGAUAUCCUUAGCCUUUUAGUGCCAAGCUAGUGCCCUGUAGGGUCUGUUGCCUGCG